ACGUGACAAAUAUUACUAUGGACGAAGACUUCGAUGAUCCCACAGAUUUCGCAAACCCUGCAUUUGAAGGUGUCGACGAACAUCUUCGAUGUCCAAUCUGCUCAGAGUUUUUCCAAACAGCUAUGAUUUUGAAAACAUGCUCGCACACAUUCUGUUCUCUAUGUAUACGGCGAUCGCUUACUGUCGAGCAGUGCUGCCCAUCCUGUCGCACACAUUCCGUAGAAACAAGUCUACAUAAUAAUUAUGUGGUGGACAACCUGGUCAGUGUAUGGAAGAACAACAGAAAAUCGAUUCUCGACUUAGAGGGACAACUGAAGCAAGCCAACGAGCGUGAUAAAAAUGCUGUUACAAUGUCAGAUAGUCCCAUGGAUACGUCGUUGAGUCAACCGACGGAUGGUGAUGAGCGUUCGCCCCCAGCUCGCCAAACUCGAAGCUCAUCACGGAGGUCCGCCUCGCAAACUUCAGCUGAAGCACCACCGCCAGUGCCAGAAGAUACCAGAGUAGACUGCCAUAUCUGCCAUAGGAAGAUAGACCUGAAUCAUUUAAAUCAACAUUGGGAUCUCUGCGAACAGGGUAAGCCAGAUCCCUCGCUGGAUAAGCCAUCUUCUACCUCGUCCAGUCCAUCACCAUCAGCAAAGAAACCAGUCAUGUUUGGUGUACAUCAGCCUUCAACGAGCAAGUCUCUGACGCGGAUGAAAAAGGCAGUAGAUCUUGGAAAGAAGCCACAAAAAAUAGUGUACAAUCUGGAAACGCCGGUGGGCUUACGCAAGGUGUUGAGGGAGCUCGGGUUGCCCGACAAGGGAGACAAAAGCACUCUCAUAAAGAGACAUAAGGAAUGGAUCUCCUUGUAUAAUGCAAACGUAGAUUCAACAGACCCGGUGGACGUCAAAGUAUUACGGAAAAGGUUGCUGGAACAAGAGGGAAGACUUGCCAUCGUGACGGAGGAAAAGAUCAACCAAGAUGGCAUUGAACAGCACAGGUUCGGAAUUCGACAGCUUGAUUAAGGCAGCACGAGAAGCGAAAAGGUUGAAAGAAGAGAAAGCAAAAGCGAAAUCAAUUUCAACAUCAACGUCUGAGCAAUUAAAAUCACCAAUGAAGGGUUUGGAGGAACAACGGGGAGCUUCAGAGCAAGCAAAGUUUAACGGAGAUGAUGAUGUAUCUGGUAUUAACUGGGAUGAAAUAUACGAAGACGACGACUUUAUGGCAUAACCU